CGUCAACGAGUGUCCGGUAUAUUUUCAGUGCCACAAAGCUUUCCCGGAAGAAAAUGUAAUGGGAAAAUAGCGUCGGGAAAUCCUGUCCACUCAAUUGCAAUGGAAGAGCUAGGAGAGAUGUCAAAAAUGGAACCUCACCCCAGAAGAAUUAUCAGGAUCCAUUAAUAGAAAAAUGAGUUCACAGGCCUCUGUUUCUUCUUGCUUGUUCUUAAGAAGUUCCUCCCAAACAUCCUUAAUCAAGCACUCAAAUUCAUCCCUCCAACGCUUCCCUAGUAUCAGAUUCACUGGUUUUCCUUCCUUCAGAGGUAUAAACCCUCCUCUCCUGAAAUGUCCCAGAACAGGAAUCAGAGCAACUUGGAUGAAAAGGACCAGAUCGCGACCACCCCACUUCUUGUUCAAGAAGAGCAGCCCAAUAGAGAAAUUGCAGAGAGUAUAAGAGUUCUGAAGGAUGCUGCAAAGACUAGAAAGGUUCCGGCAGAGGAGGUUCUUUCUGCUCUCUCUGUGAUUGAGAAAUCAAAGCUUGAUCCAUCCGGGUUUCUUAGUACGUUGGGGGGCUCAGAAUCACCAGGGAGAACAUGGAUGCUCAUUUUCACGGCUGAGAAUAAAUUGAAGAAAGGACGGUAUUUCCCAUUGACGGCAGUUCAGAGGUUUGAUGCAGCUGGGAAGAGGAUCGAGAAUGGGGUGUACCUUGGUGGGCUUGGAUACUUGACAUUUGAGGGUAGAUUGUCGUGGAAGAAGCAGAUACUCGCCUUUAUUUUCGAGCACAUAAGGAUUAAAAUCGGCCCUUUCAAUCCAUUAGAAAUCGGCCUCGGCCAACAGGGGGACAGAGAGCCAAGCACCAAGGAUCCUUUCUUUAUCUGGUUUUACAUUGAUGAGGAAAUAGCAGUCGCUCGAGGGAAAAGCGGUGGAACUGCUUUCUGGUGCCGAUGUCGCCGCGUGACUAAUUUUUGGUAGUCUAGUGAUUGCUAUUCCAUCGACUUGAUAGGUAUUCUUGUAUCUUGCAACCAGAUCUAUCUACACUCAGUUAUACGCGACAGAGAUGAGAAAAUGUAAGGAAUGAACACAUUUGUACAUAAUCCAGGGUGUGAGGUUAAGGUUCCUGUUACUCCGUUUAGUGAAAUGUUUCUCCCCCAGGAUUUGUUGAAGUGUGAAUUCUUACUAUUAGAAAGUGUCGCGUUUCUUUCUUUCUCCAA